AUGUCUGAUAGUUUUGUUGUUGAAAAAACAAGUAUUUUAGCUAAAUAUUUGCAAUUGGACCAAAGAGGUUCUAUAAUUGCCGAAUAUAUCUGGAUCGAUGGCACUGGUUCUAUUAGAUCCAAGGGUAGAACUUUAAAGAAGAGAAUUACUUCUAUUGAUGAAUUACCGGAAUGGAAUUUUGAUGGUUCAAGUACUAAUCAAGCUUUGGGUCAUGACAGUGAUGUUUACUUGAAACCAGUUGCAUUUUACCCAGAUCCAUUUAGAAGAGGUGAUAAUAUUAUUGUUUUGGCCGAAUGUUGGAACAACGAUGGGACUCCAAACAAGUUCAACCACAGACAUGAAGCUGAAAAAAUUUUCAAUGCUCACAAGAAAUCUGAAAUAUGGUUUGGUUUGGAACAAGAAUAUACCUUGCUAGAUCAGUAUGACAACAUUUAUGCUUGGCCAAAGGGCGGUUACCCAGCCCCUCAAGGACCAUACUACUGUGGUGUUGGUUGUGGUAAAGUUUACGCUCGUGAUGUUAUUGAGGCUCACUACAGGGCUUGUUUAUACAGUGGUAUUACUCUUUCUGGUAUUAACGCUGAGGUUAUGCCUUCCCAAUGGGAAUUCCAAGUUGGUCCAUGUACGGGUAUUAAGAUGGGUGAUGAAUUAUGGGUUGCUCGUUAUAUAUUGGAAAGAGUUGCCGAAGAAUUUGGUGUUAAGAUUACCUUACAUCCAAAACCAUUGAAGGGUGAUUGGAAUGGUGCUGGUUGCCACACUAAUGUUUCUACCGUUGAAAUGAGAAAACCAGGCGGUAUGAAAUAUAUCGAAGAUGCUAUUAGUAAGUUAUCCACGAGACAUGACGCUCACAUUAAAUUGUAUGGUACCGAUAACGACUUGAGAUUGACCGGUAGACACGAAACUGCCUCUAUUUCUCAGUUUUCUUCUGGUGUUGCCAAUAGAGGUGCUUCUAUUAGAAUUCCAAGGUCUGUUUCCAAAGAAGGAUAUGGUUACUUUGAAGAUAGGAGACCAGCUUCUAACAUUGAUCCAUAUUUGGUUACUGGUAUUAUGUGUGAGACUGUUUGUGGUGCCGUUGAAGGCGCUGAUAUGGUUAAAGAGUUUGAAAGAGAAUCCAAUUAG